AUGGGUCCAAGCUUUAUCUUCACCAACAACAGUUGGAGCAACACGUUCAUGAAAUUAGCGUCAUCACGUGGAUUAAAUGUGUUAGGAUCCUUUAGAUUUGACCACUUUUUGAAAGCGAGUAAAUGUACCAAUUCCAAACGGAUAAAUGCUUUCGAUUUAUUUCAUUCAUCAUCAUCGUUUCAAACACAUAACAAGACGACAAGUUUACUAUCAAGGGCAGCAACACAAACGAGAACAGUUUUGAACAUUUCCAUUGGAUUAUACAUGUUGAUGAAUACAAACGUAUUGAAUCAACCCUAUUCCGAUUCUUCAAAGCUUCUCUUCUUAUGGGGCAGUAAAAAGACCCAACAAUCAUCGGGAACGACCGAUCCCCAACCUCCAUCAUCCAAUCCCAAUGAUAAUCAUGAUGGAACUAUGGCUCAAUCAAGCUCUAUAAUCAAUAAUCAUCCUAAUUCGAACACAUCCAACCACAAGCCUCCCAAAAUGAAAAUCAUCAAAGUCAAGCCUGAUGGUAAUUGUCUAUUCAGAGCAGUAUCUAUGGGCCUCUACAACACAGAAGAGUAUCAUCUCCAGCUACGAUUAGCAGCCGUAGAUUGGAUGAGAUCGCAUCUAGAUACUGAAAUUGAUAAAGGUCUCCGAUUGAGGCAUGCAUUAAUUCUAGAUGGACCAGGAGAUAAUAACAACAACAACGAUAUUGAGAGGUAUUAUUUAAGAAAUAUGCAAUGCUUGGGGGUAUGGGGAGAUUUUAAUUGUCUGGUUGCUCUUGCACACUGUUUGAAACAACCCCGAGUGCACUUUAAAAUUGCCAUCUUGAGUCGUCAUAAUUAUGGUGUUGCCCGGAGAGGAAAUCAGAAAAUUGAAUCCAUUGUGGAUGUUCAAUCACCAAUGCUAUCGACAACAGAUAAGGAUGAAAAGGUGAUUACUGUAUGGCUGGCAUUCAAUCAGUUGAAUAAUCAUUACGACUGGAUUCAAAUUGGAACGGAAUAG